GCGCCCUCGCCCGCGCCCCACACCGCCCCGCCAUGGAGGCCAUCAAGAAGAAGAUGCAGAUGCUCAAGUUGGACAAGGAGAACGCCAUCGACCGGGCCGAGCAGGCAGAGGCCGAUAAGAAAGCUGCCGAGGACAAGUGCAAGCAGGUGGAGGAGGAACUGACACACCUCCAGAAGAAGCUGAAAGGGACAGAGGACGAGCUGGACAAGUACUCCGAGGACCUGAAGGACGCGCAGGAGAAGCUGGAGCUGACGGAGAAGAAAGCCUCCGACGCUGAAGGGGAUGUGGCAGCUCUCAAUCGACGCAUCCAGCUGGUCGAGGAGGAGUUGGACAGGGCUCAAGAACGACUGGCCACGGCCCUGCAGAAGCUGGAGGAGGCGGAAAAGGCGGCCGAUGAGAGCGAGAGAGGAAUGAAGGUGAUUGAAAACCGGGCCAUGAAAGAUGAGGAGAAGAUGGAGAUUCAGGAGAUGCAGCUCAAAGAGGCCAAGCACAUUGCCGAGGAGGCCGACCGCAAAUACGAGGAGGUAGCUCGUAAGUUGGUCAUCCUGGAAGGCGAGCUGGAAAGGGCAGAGGAGCGUGCGGAGGUGUCUGAACUAAAAUGUGGUGACCUGGAAGAAGAACUCAAGAAUGUCACUAAUAACCUGAAGUCGCUCGAGGCCGCCUCUGAAAAGUAUUCUGAAAAGGAGGACAAAUAUGAAGAAGAAAUUAAACUCCUUUCUGAUAAACUGAAAGAGGCUGAGACCCGUGCCGAAUUUGCAGAGAGAACGGUUGCCAAACUGGAAAAGACCAUCGAUGACCUGGAAGAAAAACUUGCCCAGGCCAAAGAAGAGAACGUGGGCUUACAUCAGACACUGGAUCAGACACUAAAUGAACUUAAUUGUAUAUAACCAAAACAGAAGAGUCUUGUUCCAACACAAACGCCAGAGCUCCGUGUCUUUCUCUUCUCUUAUAAGAAGUUCUUUUUUUUUUCUUUUUUUGUUAUUGCAUCUUCGCUUUGCUGGAAAUGUCAAGCAAAUUAUUGAACACAUGACCAAAUAUUUUGUAUCUGAGAAGCUUUGAGCACCAGUUAAAUCGAAUUCCUUCCUUCUUUCCAAUGGCACCAGCUUUUUCAGCUCUGUUAUUAUCCUUAAGUUGCAUUUAUUCCUGAGGUAGGCAGGGUAUUUCAUAGUGAGCAUCAGACUGAGGGCAGCUGGUUCCUAGGAAAAUAGAGACCAUCCCACACUUUCAAGAAUAGACUCUGCUCUUUAGCAUAGAUCAAUUUAAAACGCUGAAGAAUAUAACCUUGGGGUCACAGUUGGUCAAACGACAGCCUAUAGAAGGCUGUGGACCAUUACAUUAAAUGAGUGGGAAUUUUCCAUCCAGAGUGGGGGAAAAAAAAAAGUGGGGGGACUAUGUUGGGAAGUCAUAAACCUCAGAUAAACGUGAUCAUUCUGGCCCUUCUCCGCCCUCCACUCUGCAGAACAAACAUCUGAGCAGUCGGCAUGAGAAUGCUUAGGAAUUAGCCGCAACUACCCAGACAUUUUCUGGAUAGAUCCUGUUAGGCUCUUCCGCAUAUUUCUUUCAUUUCAAAGUGAUUCUCUGAAGAGCAUGUGUUGUAUUCCUUUAUGGACCCCCGUUUGUCUGCUCUAAGGCCAUCCAUUCAGCAGGGAUAUGGUGGCGUUCGGUCCUCUUCAGAUCAGAACGGCUGCUCGCCAUCAAUACAUGGAGCAAAGAGAGUUUCAUUCAUUCACAAAAUUCUGUAGAAGGGACUUCUCUGGAAUCACAGUAGGGAUAAAAAGAGGUCAUUGAUUUUAUGUCCCUACUUCAGGGAAUGGCGAAUUGAAGGUUUACUUACCUGAGACUUUCAUUCCUUCUUUGGGACCAAGUUAAAAGACCAAGACGCUCCUGGUUAAACUGGAUAUGGAGUAUCGUGUAGACAGGGCUGCACAUUCUAGCUUUGCUGUAUUUCUGCUUUCUCAGUGGACAUCUCAGAGCUGAAACAUUCCACAUCCCCAGCAAUGUCGGGGCCAACUGCGGUUUACCAUUCUGAAUAAAAAUCCCCCUGCUUCCAGCUUCUCUGAGUCCCCCUGCCCCUCGCUCCUAUUUAUUAAGCAUCACACUACCCAGGAGAUACACUAGCAGACUGUGCAAUGGAAUAAAACCCACACUUUACAUUCUUGCGAACUGUAUCAUAUGUAAUAGUAUCACUUUUUCUACAUUUUGGUCAAAUAAAUUUUUACAUAAACUACA